UGGAGCACAAACGACACAUGGCAAAGCGAAAACCCUGGACCGACAUGAGAUGGGCAUUUGAAGCAAAGCACUCUACUGGCGUCCAAACCAAUCCCGCAACACCAUGACGCAGCCUCCAUCGCCCGAGGGGUCCCCGACCAACGCCCGGCCAUACCUCAUUUUCUGGUCGUACAUGGGAACCUGCCUCCUGCUCUGCAUCUUCAUUAUCGCCAGACUCGCGCAGAACGCCACCGCGCUUCGGAAAUCCAAAACUGCACUGCUCCCGCCGGCUCAACAUGUGCGGCUGUUCGCGGCGCUGGCGGCGGGUAGCUUGCUCACUACCUGGGGCUUCAUGAUACGCUACUUCCAGUCCUCGUACCAAGACUGGUUCAUGUCACGUUCGCACUUCGAUCUGGAUCCGCAGCAGAAGCAUUGGGGGUUGUGGCUGCGAGAGACGUCGUUGUUCCGCGAGGCGUGGGAGACGGUCAUCGUUGGGGAGACGCGGUACUGGUGGUCACACCAGAUAUUUUUCUUCGCAUUAGGACUUGGGCUGUAUCUGGAGCAGAAAGGUGUUCGUCGCGGCAUUACAUACACGUGGGCGUUCAUGCUUCUGGGGCAGAUUGUGGCUAUCAGCGUCGCGACGAACCUCUUCCUGCUCACGGUCCUCCUAUCUCCCCCUCUUCCCCCAGCAAGUCCAUCAACUACCACGACCCGUAGUCCAAAAUGGCUGAGCUCAUGGCUCAUCACCCUCCUCUCCAUCAUCGCAACAGUAAUCCCAGCCUGGCUCCUCACCGACGCACACUAUUGGCACAGCCCCUCCUUCAUGCCCGUCCUGCUGACCCCACACGCCGCUCUAAUGAUCUUACCCCUCGCUCGCAUCUUCUUCCCUACACGAAGCCUCUCUGGCGGGAACACGGAGUUUCUCGACAAAGCGUACAAUCGCAUGUGGCAGUUGGUCCUUGGCACCGGCGCCCUCAUGUUAGUCAAAACUACCGCGAAUGCUUACGCCGUUGCUGGCUUCCAGGGGAUCUGGACUACGUUGCUGGGCCACCCGGCUGUGAGCAGCGUUGGCUUCGAUGUUAUUUUCUGCUGGGUGUCGUGGGUUUGCUGGUGGAUGCUGCGUGGGGGCGAGAGUACUGGGGAGCGCACGAUGGACUCGGUGGGCAAGCUAAGCAGGGGAUUGGACGAGGGGGUAAGCACUGCUGUGAGUGAGGGAAGCGUUGAUGCUGGAACACGUCGUCGUUGA